ACCACGUUCAACCAUUUUUCACCGCCAGACACUCGCCAUACUCAUACAUCUAAUACACACUGACAUGUACACCCCACAGCACUUAAGAAACUACAUACCCUAACCUCCCUUCCUUCUCACUCAUCCUUAUACACACACACACACACAUAUAUAUAUAUAUAUAUAUAUAUACACACACACACACCUACCAUCACUGCCUCACACUAUAUGCACGCACACAACCACCAGUCUCUCCACACACACACAUACAUAUAUAGAACCACCACACACUAUCUCUCUGUCUCUACUCAAAUACACACACACACACACAUCAACCACUACACACCACGCUCGCCUAUCUCUAACCCUCCUAUUCUCUCGACACACAAACACCAGGUUUUCACCUCACUGCCACACCGCCUUACUCUUCCCUCCUACACACACACACACACAAAUAUAUUUAUACACACCAUACUAAUCCCUUACUUCAAUCUAUACACACACACAUACGCAUACACACAGAGAUCACAUACUCAUAUUACCCAGUCCCCUCUCUACUCCCGCUCAACUCCACCUCCUCCUCGUUCUAUACACACAAGUCUCACCACCACCUUGCUACACAUACCACCACCGACACCAUCCUCCAAACACACCACCUCGCUCACAUACUAAGUCCCUUACAAACGCACCAACACUAAACAUACCAUAGCCCCACCUCGUGUAUAUAUAUAUAUAUACACACACAUACAUACAGCACCGGUUUCACCACCACCACUACCACCACCAACACACAAACAUACCAACCCUACCUCUAUAUACACACCACGGUUUCACCACCGUGCUAAACAUACCAACCUCCAGUUCUCCUGUUAUACACCACUGUUUCACCACCACAGAAGCGUACCAGCCCCACCUUCCCGUCCACACUACAGUUUCACCACCUUACUAAAUAUACCGGCUCCCCGCCCCACGUACACUUUCAUAUACACACCACUGGCUCACCGCCACCGCCACCAUCGCCACAUAAACCAUACCAACCCCCUACCUUUAUAUACAGACCACGGUUUCACCACCAUGCUAGACAUACCAGCCCCUCUCUAUCAACACACCAUAGUCUCACAGCCACACUAAACAUACCAACCCCUUCGCGCACACACACACACACACACACAAACCAUAGUUCCACCACCACUACCACCAUCACCGCCAGCAUACUACUAUACGCAUAGUCCCCUGCAAGCUCACACAUACACCACUCUCACCUCUUCUCUACACAAGGCCAGCCCUUCCAUACAAACCACACACACACACACAUACACUAGCACACCAUACAUACAUAUCAGUCCCCUGCAAACAACACACCACCACCACCACCACGAUUAUCAUCAUCAGCGCCACCGCCAUCUCACUCUCACCACCUCACCAUAUUCAGACCGUCUCCAGAGAACCGUCUGAUCCACGCAGUAGGUGGUUCUGAGCAAGAUGCCGACUCGGUCCUGGUCUCCAGUCCAAUAUGAUGACACUUGGUCAGUGAUGAAACAGUAGCGAGGUUCUGCAGACUGGACUUGAACUUUUGGACAUUUGACCAGUUCCACAUACACACACAAAUAUAUAUAUAUAUGUGUGUGUGUGUGUGCGUACAGCAGUCUGCUUGUGUACCUGUUUGCCCAGCUGUCUAAUUAAUUGACUCUUCUUCAUUUCUUUAUAACAUAAACAAGUAAACUCGACAAAACUCACACAGGGAACUCUUCACUCAUACUCCACUCAUUUCUCAUCCAUACUCAUCUCAUGUACAUGUUGAUAAUGGAUCCAUAUCUCCCAAAGACGUGUACUUGUAAAUAACACUGCAUGCCUCUCCAUUUGAUUUCUAAUCAAUUUAAAUUGCAGAGUUCUCUCCCUUGCCUGUCAUGACAAGAACUGUCACUAAUGCUAAUUACUCUUCUUAUCGUCACAGGUGUAGUUUCAAUUGAUUAAAAGAGAAAAAAAAAAUCACUUUUCUGACCCAGAACAUUUAAAUAAUAUGUUAGCUUCUGCUACUUAACUAACAAUGAUAUUUCUAGUUAUAUGUUGACAUGAGGUCAGUAGAGAUCGCUAAAACUGGAAAAUCCUUGGCCAAACUGACUUAGAUAUGUUCGUUUCAGAGUUUACAUAAGAGAAAGAAAACUGAUUCCUUUUUUUUUUUCUUUUUUUUUUUUUUUUUUCAAAAAACUCAAACAAAACAUAACUCUCUCUUUCCCUUCCUCUCUCUCUCUUACCAAAAUACUUGAUGUUGGUGUUAUUGUUGUGUUCGUGAGGUAAAAAAGGAUCAGGAGACACGUAUAUAUAUAUAUAUACACAUAUAUAUAUAUUAGGGGUUGGGUGAAAGGAAAACACCUUAAGUUUGGAAAACAAGGAUGGAGAAGACUUCAUCUGAUAAAUCGGGGAAAAACCUGGUCUCCAACACCAGCGAUCGGAACCACCCUCAUAGCAUUUGUUCAGCAAGCAGCAGCAAUGGUACCAGCUGUGCGAAUAGUCCGAGCCAUGUCACUGCCGCCAUCAACAUGCAUUCAAAGCAGUUCAUGCAGCAUUAUCCAUGGCAGGCUCAACGCUUCCCUCACGUCCCCGACAAGUCGUGGUGCAGUGAGAUAUACAGCAACCAGUUUGCUCAGCGUUGCUACUUACAGUCUCAUGGUAUUUUCCCAUCAGCUGGCACUACUGCUGCGGGCAGUUGCUCCGAGAAGGCUUUCCACUGCGCCGCCAGCUACAUGAACCAGUUCACGCAGCGGUGUUUCCUGCAAACGCACGAACGGCUGCAGAACUUCGAUAAACAGGCAAUGGAUGUUAACGACUACAUGAAACACUUGCAUGGGGGCACGUACCAGCCGAAACACUGCCAGGCUGCUAACAACAAUAGCAUAGUGAGUAGUGGUUGUGGUGGUGGGAGUAGUUGUAGUGUUGGGGGUGGUGGCAGCUGUAGCAUUGGCGGUGGCGGUGGUGGUGGUGGAGGUAGUUGUGGUGGUGUUGGUGGUGGUAGUAGUAGCUGUAGUGUUAACCUGACCAGUAACAGCAGCUGCGGCAACACCAACCAUCGCAAUAGCGUAUCCAGCAGCAGCAACAACAACAAUAACAACACUAACAGCAACAAUAACAACAACAACAACAACAACAACACCAGCAGCAGUAACGGCAACACAUCGGUUUAUCCAAAGCAAGUAGCUCAGGUACAGCAUGCUGUGAAAACACAGCCACCCUCUUCACCAAACACAAAGGUGCCACUUCAGCAGCCCCAUCACAUGCUCCUUCUGCAACCCCCUCCACCCAUCGAGAAACCCUUCCACUGUGACCUUUGUCCAAAACAGUUUGCACGUAGGAAUACGUUACAAAUGCACAAACGCAUUCACACAGGUGAGAAGCUGUUCCAUUGCAGCUACUGCGACAAGCGAUUCGUGCACCGAGAUAAACUUCAAAUACAUGAGCGGACUCAUACGGGAGAGAAACCGUUUCAUUGCACUUACUGCACGAAACAGUUUUCUCGUAAGGACAAAUUAAAGAUUCACGAGUGCUCUCACACGGGAUUAAAACCUUAUCACUGCAGCUACUGCGACAAACGGUUUGUCCAAAGAGAAAAACUUAAGAUUCACACAAGGAUCCACACGGGAGAACGUCCAUAUUCGUGUGACAUUUGUUUCAAGCAAUUUGCUCGCGGUGAUAAGCUUCAAAUUCAUCGUAGAACUCACACAGGAGAGAAACCAUUCCACUGUGAAUACUGUCCGAAAAACUUUGUCCAGCGUGAUAACUUGGUUAUACACAGAAGGACCCAUACUGGGGAGAAACCAUUUUCUUGUGAAGUAUGUUCAAAGCGAUUUGCUCGCGGUGAUAAGUUGCAAAUCCAUCGUAGAACACAUACGGGAGAGAAACCGUUCCAUUGUGAAUACUGUCCGAAGACUUUUGCUCAAAGAGAUAAUUUAGUCAUACAUAGAAGAACCCAUACAGGAGAGAAGCCCUUCUCCUGUGAAUUCUGUCCCAAGCAGUUCUCUCGGAGUGAUAAGCUCCAGUUGCAUCGCAGGACUCACACGGGUGAGAAAUUGUUCCAUUGUAAGUAUUGUUCAAAGCAGUUUGUUCAAAGGGACAAACUUCAGAUCCAUGAACGAACUCACACAGGCGAGAAGCCGUUUCACUGUGAGAUUUGUUCAAAGAAGUUUGCUCGUAAAGACAGGCUGCAAAUCCACAAGAAGACGCACACUGGUGAGAAGCCCUUCCACUGCGACCUUUGCCCGAAGCAGUUUGCACAGCGAGACAACUUGAAAAUUCACCGGAGGAUACAUACCGGUGAGAAGCCUUUCCACUGCGAAAUCUGUUCGCGCCAGUUUGCCAGAAAGGACAAAUUGCAGAUUCAUCGGAAAACUCACAUGAUUGAGAAAGUUUCGUUCAACUGCGACAUAUGCCACAAGCAAUGUGAAUCAAAAGAAAUGUUGAUGAGUCACCAGCAAUUAAAUCAUGCACCACCACCUCCGCCGCCGCCACCACCACCACCACCACCACCCCUCACCAAUAACGACACCUCACAUUUAUGCUGCCAGGUUUGUAAUCGGGAAUUUGCAACUGUCGAGAAGUUACAAAAUCAUGAAAAGACACAUAAACCAGUGAGAAAUAAUUUUCUGAAACCCACAUCGUGUAAGAAUAUCAAGGAAUACACCCCAAUGAGUACAUUGCUGUGGCAAUCUAUCUACCCCUAAUUUUGAUAAUACAUUGGGUUUGUUACAGAUUAAUUUAGCACCUUAACACUUGGCAUUGUUCUACUUGCCUGUUUGAUGGAAAAAAGAAAAGAAAAAAAUAUGUAUUGGCUAUGAUUCUAAAAAGUAAUUGGGAUCCAGCUAUAAAAUGAAUGCUUGAAAAAAAAAAAAUACUUGCAGAUGUCUGCAUUUACAGAACUAUCCAACCCAUGCUAGCUAGUAUGGAUAAUCAAGAGGAUGUAAUCAUGUGAAAUGUCUAAAAAUAAUGGUCAAACAUCCACAACAUAAAUCAAGAGAUUGAUUAUAAAUUUACAGUGGAGCAAGUGCAUCGUUAAUUAAUUGACAAGGGAGAUCCAACUGCUUAAUUAAUCAUUUGCUCUGAAAAUGUUGAGACAAAUCUGAAUCUGCCCUGCCUAUCCAAUAGGGGUACAUCUAUGCAGUUCAUCAGCCUGUUAAAAUAACAGCCAAAUUCCCUGACAUACACUUAAAAAAAAAGGACACAAUGGGUAGUGUAAUCCUUAAAUACACAAAAGGAUGGGGUUGUCCCAGCUGGAGCUCCUUUGAUUAUAUGUCUGCUGGUUCAGAAUUGAUUUGGGGCUAAGUGAAAUAAUAAUAAUAGCCACAUCAUAUCUGCUGGACAGAAAGAGACAUUGAUAUGAAAUAAGUGUUUAACAAAUAUGCAAAGAGCUCAACACUGAAAGAUGAAAAGUUUUAACAUGACAAAUCAGUGAAGCAGAAGAGAAACUUCCAUGAUAAAUGGUGGAUGAGAGGAAACAGAAGACAGUUGCUAUGGUAUGUCGAUGGCAGUGACGCUGAAAAUAAAGAUGGUCAAAGAAAACAGAAUCAAAUGAUGACAAUCAAAAGUGUUUCAGGUGUCGGAUUAUUUUAGAGUUGAUGUAAUGAAGCUUGAUCUAUAUAAUAAACGUUUUUGGUGGGGUGAACUGUUAAAACAAGUAAGCUGCUUACUGACCUUUGAAUAUAUUAUGCAGAAACAAAGAGUGGAGCAGUUGUGUAUCUCCAGGUGAAUAGGAAGAAGUGAAGGCUUUUGUAGACAUCUGUGAGGAUAUUUCAUGAGAAGAAAGUUUUAGCUUCUUACUCGUCGGAGUGACUCUCAUGUGGAUGUUUUAAACAAUAAUUGAAGAAAACACAAACAAUGGCACAAGACUAGGCUUUACCUGAAGAUUCAUUACAAAUAAAAAUGAUUGCCAUGAGAUCUGGCCUUACCUACAAGAUUCAUUAUAAAAAAAAAUUAAAAAAAAUUUUUUUUAAUUAAAACCACCAAUAGCACAAAGUGCCGGCUGUGUUCUGAUGGUGAAACAGUUAACAAUAUCAUUGCUGAAUGUCCAGUCUUGGCAUGAGUGGUAUUCGAGCCGACCGAAUAUGUUUAUUGGACAACAUUCAAGAGAAAUUCAUGGUAAAUGUUACUUCCACAUCCUGACAGCAGAGACCACCUUCAGCCAAAGAUUUUGUAUGGUCUUAUUAACAUUGGUGGAGAUAUUAAUGACAACAGACCAGACAUAGUUAUCUAUGAUUGAAAAUAAUUAAAUCUAUCAAUCAAUAAAAUCUUAAAACGAAAUUUUGGGAAGUUCAAGGACUUGCUACAGGGAUUUUGAAAAUGUGAAGAACAAAAGUGAAAUGAUUUCAUACAUUUUAAAAGUUGCAAGUGUAAAGUGUACAACUUAGAAGUUUUUCUACCAGGCAUGGCUCAUACGACAUGUGAAGUAUUGGAUGUAACCAAGAUGGUGAUAAGUUGUUAAAAAGUUUUGUGACACCUUUUUUGGUACCAACCUGCCUGAGAUCAGACCUGGUUCUAUGAUACAAACUUUCUUAUUGUGAUCUAAAUUUAAAUCUUCCAUCAAAAUUCCAUGUUGAUUUGUUCCAAACACCAACUGAAUAAUGACAGUCGUUUUACUAGAUUCUUCAUAAUUUUCAUAAUUAAUUGACACAAACAGUGUAUUUCAACAGAAAUUUGGCAACAAAAAGGUUAAACCUUCAGCGUUUAAACCACCCAUACCUGGCCCAAAUAUCUUAUGUGAUUUAUGUUGAAAACGGCCAGGUCUGACCUCUCAUACCUAUUCUACAGUGUCAUUCUAUAAAUAAGGAAUUACAGCAUCAAAAUCUCAAAGCAACAACAUAAUACAUCGUUGAUUCAGAACAAUGUGAAUAAAUAAGCAUCACAUGUGACAGAAUAACAUGAAUGCUACAGGGCUAAACUUGGUGUCUGACACCAAAACCUGUCUAAGAUUAAUGCUAUGUACAUUAUUGGUAGAACUGCAAAAGAAGGGAGACGUGAAAAAGAAAAAAAAAAACAGUAAUAACCUCAUGCUGGAAACCUGCAGAAGAUUGAAGUGGGAAUUACUGAAAUUUCACUUAAGUUUAACAAAGUUUUUGUCUGAUAUUUCUUGGUUCAUCAUGGCCAUCAAUUAAGACAACAAUAAUAAUAUCACAGAUGAGGCCAGUGAAACAGCUUCAAAUAUUCAUCCUUUAAAACAAAACUUGAACAUUCAGUUGAAUCACUCCUUGUGGUUAUAAUAUUGUUUCUUGAAUGGCCUUCUAAGGACGAAAAUCCCCCCACAUAUAUAAAACGAACCGAAAAUUUUCUGGUUUCCUUCUAAAACUCUCUGGAAACCAUUUCUGAGACAACCCAAAACACAUAUUUCUAACUCAGGACUUUGUGUAUGUCAAUCUUUUCUUCUCGAGCUUUCAGUCAUUCAAGUCCAUCUCAAAUUUUACAUUUUUCCCUAAUGUGUAAUUUUAAAUAAAAGCAGGGCUGUUAAAUAAAAACGCCCAUGUGUAUAAGCCUAACAGAUGCAUGUGUGUGUGUGUGUAUAUAUAUAUAUAUAUAUAUAUGCAUAUAUAUAUAUACACACACAUGUAUAUAUACAGACACACACACAUAUAUAUAUAUAUAUACAAUCAUAAAGGAGUUGAAGUAGUGGAAUGGAUAUGACCACCACUUUGGCUAACGAGUCCCGAUUCUCAUGUCUCAUCCUUAGUGCUGCUUUUGAUUUCCCCCUGGACAAGGCACUGGCCCCGACCCCUUCCCCUGUCACAUUCACCUUGUUAUAGACCAGAGCAGGUAACAAAAUCGUGAAAGAGAGAGAGAGAGUGUGAAAUAAAGUGAGGAUGAGGGCUGCCAUCCAACAUGAAAAAUUGUCAAAGGAGUUUGGUGAAGGCCAAACUUAUCCAAAAUAAUGAAGAACUUUAGAUCGGACUGGGUGACAUCUUAAAACUGAUUAAAAAACAUUUUAUUAUUGUAGAUAUUGUCAAAUGUCUGUGAGAAUUUUCUGGAACUUACAGUAACAAAAUAUAUAUAAAAAUAUAACUGAUCAAAAA